AUGGCUACCUAUAUUGCACCUUCAUUCUGGAAAAGUAAUUGGACAGCACUUAGUGAAAGUGCCUUUCAAAUGAAUGAAUGCAAUAAAAUGACACAUCGUGCUUAUCAAUCGUCCAGCACCAGUAAACCCUUCAAGACAACGCCGAAAAUGACAAAAGAUAUUUGUUAUCGUACAGUGUUUGUACAUAGUGUAACUGGUCAUGACUUGUUCGAUGGAACGUUCGAAAGACCUAUGAAAACCAUUCAAGCUGCCUUAACUCUCACACGCACUCUACGUACCAUGCACAAUAGUGAUCAUACAUUGUGUAUUAGCAUACGUGGAGGAACUUACUAUCUUGGUAAGAAUGUUACUACGACAAGUAGUCAAAUUGGUGCGAUCGCAUUGACAAGUAAUGAUAGUAAUCUUGUAAUCGAAAACUAUCAGGAUGAGCGUGUCGUCUUGAGUGGUGGCACAUUAUUACAACUGCAAUGGUCCGUUCAUGCAAAAACAGCAGCUGUUGGUACAAUCAUGAAAGCUCAAGUACCAUCUUACGUUAAACUCAAUGAUUUUAACGAGUUAUAUAUCGAUGGCAAAAGAGCUAUUGUCGCUAAAUAUCCUAAUGGUGAUCCUUCUAUUCAAGGCUUAUAUGCCAAAGAUCCUGGAUUCUCCUUUGAUGCACACAGAUGGUGGCCGCCGAGUUUUAAUCGAAGUGUGGAAAUUCGUGUACAAGAACCUUACGUAACGUAUGGUAACGGUACAGUAUUUACAAAUUAUCAACUUGGUGUAGGUGGUGGUGCUGCUGUUUUCAAUCCACCUACCAAUUUUUGGAGUACAGCUUCACCACCUGCAGGUGAUAAUUAUGUUGUUCCUCGUGGUCUUACCGUGAAAAAUGGUGCCAUGCCUCACAUUGGUAACUGGAGUAAGCCUACGACUGGUUUCGUACAUGUUUUUCACGCUGGUUAUUGGGGUAGUUGGGUAUUUGAAAUAGCAUCGAUCAAUAGUACCGAAAAUACCAUUAUGUUUGCCCGAGGAGGAUUUCAAGAAGCACGAGGUUCAGAUGCUGGUGGUGCGUUUUAUGUUGCAAACAUUUUCGAAGAGCUUGAUUCACCAAAUGAAUGGUUCUUGGACAAAGAUACUCGUACUCUCUAUUUUAUGCCGAACGAAACUAUGCCUGAAGUUUUUGUGGCUAGUCAAAUUCCUUGUCUCAUUUCCAUCACUGGUAGUAGUAUCGAAGAUUCUGUCAAAAAUGUACUGAUACCAGGUUUGAUAUUAACAGAGACAAGUAGUACCUAUAUGAAAGAUUACAUGGUGCCAGGUGGUGGUGAUUGGACCGUUCACCGAGGUGGCACUAUGUAUUUGAGAAACACACAAUAUGUCACUAUUGCACACAAUUUAUUCACACAAUUGGGCAGCAAUGGUAUGGCUUUAAUUGAUUAUAACUUUGCUACCUCUAUUACUUUGAAUGAAUUUGUAUGGUUGGGUGAUUCGGCUAUCAUAAUUGUUGGCAGCACGUAUGGAAUUGAUGGUUUUAGUGUCGCUAGUCAACCUGACAA